CCUCCCUCGUUCUCUCUCUCUCUCUCUCUCUGAAUUAUUAAUGCCGAUAACAAUGCCAGUUGCUCAAUUGAUGGCCGAGACAACCCUCCACCGAGUUCAUGUCAAGAUGAGCAGGCCGCCGGAAAACACCUCUCCCACACCCACUACUCUUAAUAAAAGGCUGGACGGAAAAGUUGCAAUAGUAACUGGCGGCGCUAGAGGAAUCGGGGAGGCGACAGUGAGGCUAAUUGUCAAACACGGCGCCAAAGUAAUUGUCGCCGACAUUGACGAUGCCACCGGCACUCGUUUGGCCGACUCACUGUCUCCCUCAGCCACCUAUUUUCACUGCGACGUAAGCUGCGAACAAGACAUCGAAACCCUAAUCAAUUCAACGGUCUCCCUCUACGGCAAACUUGACGUCCUCUUCAACAAUGCCGGGAUUCUCGGAAACCAAGCCAACAAAAAGAGCAUCAUCAACUUCGAUCCCGACGAGUUCGACGGCAUCAUGGGCGUCAACGUAAAAGGCGCCGCCCUCGGAAUGAAGCACGCGGCCCGAGCAAUGGUGCCGAGAAGAAGCGGGUGCAUAAUUUCUACGGCGAGCGUGGCCGGCGUGAUGGGAGGGCUCGGCCCGCACGCCUACACGGCGUCGAAGCACGCCAUUGUGGGGCUGACGAAGAACGCGGCUUGCGAGCUGGGCAAGUAUGGGAUUAGGGUUAACUGCAUCUCCCCGUUUGGGGUGGCCACCAGCAUGCUUGUUGACGCGUGGAGGAGCGGGGAGGAAGUGGAAGAAGAGGUGGAGAAGGUGGAGGAAAUGGUGAGGGGUUUGGCAAACUUGAAGGAAGAAACCCUAAGGGCUGAAGAUGUGGCUGAGGCUGCUCUGUAUCUCGCCAGUGGGGAGGCCAAGUAUGUGAGUGGCCAUAAUCUUGUGGUUGAUGGUGGCUUUACUACUUCCAAUAAUUGUGUGGGAUUGUAAGUAAAAAUAUCUCUUUUUUUUCUUUUGUGUGGAGAUUUGAUUUGUAUUUGAUUAUGUAAGUAAAGGUAUUGAUUAUGUAAUAAUGCAUUUUACGUAAAUAUUAUAUAGGACAAUGUAAUUUAUUAAUGACAAACACAUUAAAUAGAAAAAUAGUUAA